UUCCCUCCAGUAUAAAAGGCACAUGCCCCCAUCAGCUGCCCUGCUUCUGCUUGGAGCAGCGACUACCUGAGAAGCAGCUUCGGUACACACAGCCUUCCCACCAGUGCUCCAUCAUGUGGCAUCCAAUCUCCUGGACACCACGUGCCCAGUGGUCAUCCAACCAUUUAAAGCUAGUCACUGUCUAUGUCCUGAUGCUCUUGGUGUCGCUCAGCUUUGCCUCGGGACAGAGCAGACCAUUUAAACACCAGAUAGACAACAGAAGUCCUGAGAUCGACCCUUUUUGGUAUGUGGGCCGUGGUGUUCGCCCCAUCGGUCGCUUUGGGAAGAGGCAGCUGAGAAGCAGCCAUGGCAGCCUGAGCCCUGUGAGCAGACACCUGGAUUUCAUCUUGAAUGCUUUGUGGGAGCAAAAAUCAUUGGACACAGAGGACAGUGACUGGUGAUCUCUGUUCCCCAAGGUGGUGACCCAACCUCUGUUCUUUGAAUUGUGUCCUCCCCUGCACCUCAGACCUACAGUUCUGCUUUGCCUAGCAAUCCCACGCUGCUCUUCUUUCUGCUCCUUGUGCAAAUACCUUCAAAAAGAAACAUGUUCAGGGCGCAGGUAAAAGACAAUGCAUGGACACCAGCACUGAGUGCCACCACUGCUUAUAAAAAUGUUUCUUCAUUGUGCAUCCCCAGCAAUCUCCUGAUCCUGUUCACUGCUAGGUUUAUCCAAAACCCACACAGCUUUUGGGCUGGGAUUUAAACUCUGCAGUGUUAAAUGUAUCAUGAAACCUUCCUGUCACAUUUCAAAGUC